AUGAUCGAUCUAUCUGCUCCCGUCGACAGUGCUUUUACCAAGGCACUGCCAAAGAUCGAGGUUAAAAUCUAUCUCCAAACCAUCAACCCCCAUCCAAGCCACUUCAAGCUAACCACCCCGCCAAACACCCAGGUCCACGCCCAUCUGAGCGGCAGCAUCAGUCGCCAAUGCCUCCACGAAAUCUGGAAGCGCAAGAAGCAGGCAGAUCCCAACUUUCCCAUUGAGGAUCCCCUAGUCCUCAUGCCCCCAGGCAAAGUUGACUACACUCUUCAAACUUUCUUCCAAGUCUUCUCAAAACUCAUCUACCAACUCUGCGACGACCUAGAAAGUCUCACCUACGCAACGACCUCCGUCCUCGAAUCCUUCCUCAACGAUGGAGUCCGCUACCUGGAACUCCGCACCAUCCCCCGCGCAUCCCCAUCAUCCAACAUAACUCGAGAAACAUAUCUAACCACCAUCCUGGACACAAUCGCCGCAUUCCCCUCCAAGAACAAAAUUUCCGUAUUCCUCAUCCUAGCCCUAGACCGGGGCAACACCAGUCCCACCGAAGCUCUCGAAAUAAUCGACCUCGCCAUCGCCAACAAAGCGCGCGGGGUCGUCGGCGUCGAUCUAUGCGGUAACCCGACGCAAGGCGACGUCACUAUCUACCGGGAUGCAUUUGCGCGGGCCAAAGCUCACGGGUUGGGUGUUACACUGCACUUUGCCGAGACGCCUGCUUCGGGGGAUGUGAGGGAAUUGGAGACUUUGCUUUCGUUUCAGCCGGAUCGGUUGGGUCAUGUUAUUCAUGUUCCUGGGAGUGUGAAGAGGGAAAUUGCGAGGCGGAGGCUUGGGUUGGAAUUGUGCAUGUCGUGUAAUGUGCAUGCGAAGUUGAUUGAGGGCGGGUUUUUAGACCAUCAUUUUGGGGAGUGGAGGGGUCAGGAGUGUCCGAUUGCGUUGUGUACGGAUGAUGUGGGCUUCUUCUGCAGUCCCGUCUCGAACGAAUAUCUUCUUGCGGCGGAGCACUUUGGCGUUGGCCGUGCAGAAAUGCUGAGUAUGUGUGAAAAGUCAGUGGAAAUGAUAUUCGGCGGGGAGGAAGAGAAGCAAAGGCUUCGCGAGAUUAUCCUACAAUUCAAAAAUCAAUUUUUCUGA